GGUGAAUGUACGAAUUGAGUUUUCGUUGAGAUUCUCUUCAACUUUCGAACUUGAGGAAGGGAGCAUUACACAAUUCUGCUCCUACAAUAGCUGAGAACGAUAGCAACGAAAAGAAGCAUUUACUAUUGAGCUAACCUGAUAUCGUCGGAUUGUAUUUACACAAAUCACAACGCGCUUUUGACUCUUUAUCGUUUGCCUGGCGGUUCUGCCAAACUUGCAUCAAAGAGAAAGUGGGGUAAUGAAAUAUCAACAUGAUGGUCCUGCAUCCCUCACCAAUCGUUCUUGCCGGGGCUGUGAGCUGCAGCUACGUUGCCCUCCAAGGUUAUCUCCAAACUCUUUCUUUCUUGCUUUCUUACUUCUCAACCUUCUUUUCCUAUCAACCAUGCGAAUAUUUCAUCAUUUUAUAUUUCAACAUCUCCGACUUAUCUGAAAUAUCAUAUAUUUCAUCUUUUGGAUUUUGAUGAAAUCCCAAGCGUUUCUCUGUUGCCCUCUGUUCUAAUUGCAAGCUCGACGAGCACAAACAACAAGCGAACCCCUCACUUAUUUUGGAACUCCUCUUGCUACUUAUCUCGCCAACAUAACAAGAAAACAUAACUGCCAUUAACCCAUUCUUCUUAAAAACAAUCUUUGCCGCGACGCAACUGAACAUCCAUAUCGGCUGUCACUAUUGCUCACUGUCGGCCGUUUGUCUAGCUUCUUAAUUCAGCUUCCAAAAGAUUUACUCAGCGCUCUUUCCCUUUGAGAGAACCCUCUUGAGCCAUACCAUGUCUUUUGACCCGGCUGCACGUGGACGUGGCCGCGGUGGUCGCGGCGGCGGAGAUCGUGGUGGACGAGGUGGAAGUAGUGAGCGUGGUGGACGAGGAGGUGGUGAUCGUGGUGGACGAGGUGGAAGUGGUGAUCGUGGUGGACGAGGUGGAAGUGGUGAUCGUGGUGGACGAGGCGGUGGAGAGCAUGGUGGACGAGGAGGUGGGGAUCGUGGUGGUUACGGAGGUGGUGGACGAGGAGGCGGGGAUCGUGGUGGUUACGGAGGUGGCGGUCGAGGAGGCGGGGAUCGUGGAAAUCGUGGUACUUAUGGUAGCCGUGGUGGAGGCCGUGGUGGAGGUCGGGGUGGCCCAGUGUCCAUUUUCAAAGACCCUAAUUAUCCAGCAGAAGCACCUGAUGCAAGAGUCGCGAAAAUGGAAGAUGAGUACCACAAGAGCUCAUCCGGGAUCAAUGCCUUGGAUAAGAUGUCGCUCAACCAAAAAUUUCCUUCUCGCCCAGGAUACGGCGAUAAUGGUCGAAAAGUUCAGCUGUAUGCUAAUUAUUUCGCAUUAAACACAAGCCCCAGUUUUGCCUUGGGUCGUUACCCGGUCACUAUAUCCCCGAGCAUGGACGACAAAAAGAAGAAACGGGAGCAGCUUUUCAGGCUCAUCCUCGAGUUACCGGAAUUUGCAAACAUUCCGCUAACCACAGAUUAUGCUUCUAUGAUCAUUACACCGAAUAAAUUGCCUUUCAAAGAGGAGCGUGUUUUCAGCAUUCCUUGGCGAAACGAAGGGGAAGACGAUCCACAUGAAAAUGCCCAAAUUUACAAGGUCCGGAUCGGCUCUCCAACUUCUUACACUAUCCCCGACCUCGUUCAAAGUCUCGGCAAUAGAUCUGCAGCCACUGUAUCCGAAGUUCAAAGAGAGGAAGCGAUUCAGGCCAUGAAUACGGUGAUGGGAUUCUUCGCCAAGAGCGAGAAAGGAACUGUUUCUAUUGCAAACAAUAGACACUUCUCCACAGCUCAAAGAGGAAACGAGCAUAAUUUCACGACCCUAAAUUAUGGAUUAGAGGCUAUACGCGGCUUCUAUCAGAGUGUUAGACCAGCUACUGGUCGACUUUUAUUGAACGUAAACGUCACUCACUCCGUUUUCCUCGAGCGUGGCCCAUUGAACGUUUUCUUUCAAAGACUUGGCAAUGCCCAUAGUGUUGUUGAUAAGAUAAAGGGAAAGCGGGUCGAAGUCACUCAUUUGCCUGCAAAAAAGUCCAAGGCUGGUAUCACCAUUCCCCGAGAAAAGACCAUUUGGGAUUUGGCUCGCCCAAGUGAUGGUAGAACCGAAGAACAUCCUCCUCAGGUUGCUAGAUAUGCCGCUGGGCCAAAAGAUGUCAAAUUUUGGAUUUCUGCUGAAAAAUCAUCAACGAAAGACAAAGCUCCGCCAAAAUCUGGGCCGAAGAAGGGCUCUUCCAAGCCAGCCUCAACACUCGACAAGUACAUUACUGUUUAUGAUUAUUUCAAAUCCAAAUAUCCGAACGUUGUUUUGGAUCCGAAAUUUCCUGUGGUGAAUGUUGGCAACAACCUCAACCCGUCUUACCUACCGGUGGAGGCUUGUAUCAUAAAGCCAGGUCAGAUUGUGAAAAAGGCAUUACUUGGAGAUCAAACUCGUAUGAUGUUGGAUUUCGCAAACAGAAGACCAGAGCCCAACGCAAUGUCUAUUGUCACUUCCGGUAAACAAGUCUUGGGCUUGAAUACUAAAGACAAUCCUCUUCUCUCCAAAUUUGGUGUUCAAGUUGGUAACAGCCUUAUAACCGUUCAAGGUCGUGUGUUACCACCACCCGCAAUCAAUUACAAGGACAGGAGACUUGCCCCAAUGAAAACUACACCCAGAGAUGGUUCUUGGAAUAUGAGGGACACUCGUUUCCAUACUUGUGGAGAUCUAGGCAGCUGGACUUACAUGGUGGUUGAAUCCGAUAAACGUGGUGCUAGAUGGAAUCACGACGAUGCGGCUAGGACAGUCGAGCAAUUCAGGAUCCACCUUCAGGGUGCAGGGAUUGGAGUCAAAGGUUGGAUAGGUAAAGCCGCGCCUACUCCUAAGCAUAAAGAUGGCAACGAAGCAGCUACAUCUGCUGCUAUUGGAAACGUGUUCCGAAUGAUGUCUACAGCUCCAGGUAUAAAGAAACCCAACUUUCUUUUAUGCAUCCUUCCAGUGGAUGAUGUAAUGCUUUACAACACGAUAAAGAGGUUCGGAGAUACCAAAGCCGGUAUACAUACAGUUUGCGUACAAUACUCCAAGUUUACAAAGGGAGAUCCGCAAUACUUCGGCAAUGUUGCAUUAAAAUUCAAUCUCAAGGCUGGUGGUAUUAACCAGACAAUCGAUAAGCUUGGGAUUAUCAACGAAGGCAAGACAAUGGUUGUCGGGAUUGAUGUAACACAUCCAUCCCCUGGAUCAAAAGACACAGCACCCAGCGUUGCUGCCAUGGUAACAAGCACCGAUAAGCUCUUAGGUCAAUGGUCCGGUGUCUGUCGCUUACAAGACAAAGCUCGUCAAGAGAUGGUAUCAGAUCUCGAACCUAUGCUCAUUAGGCAAUUGGACAUCUGGCAGAGAAAGAACAGAAUCUUACCCGACAAUAUUUUGAUCUAUAGAGAUGGUGUAUCGGAGGGGCAAUACAACCUAUCGCUCGAAGAAGAAUUGCCAAAAAUCAGAAAUGCUUGUCGUCAGAAGUAUCCCGCAGAUUAUACAAAGAGAAGUCUGCCAAGAAUCUCAAUUAUUGUUUGCGGCAAGCGUCAUCACACGCGAUUCUAUCCAAAGGAUACUGACAGUGCAGACUCCAAGUCGAACUGUCCAGCCGGAACUGUGGUCGAUCGUGGUGUUACCGAAUCUCGCAACUGGGACUUCUUUCUUCAACCACACCAAAGUUUAAUGGGAACGGCCAGGCCGUGCCAUUAUUUUGUCAUUUUAGACGAAAUCUUCAGGUCGCAGAAAGUCAAGGCUCCCCAUACGACUUCAGCCGACUCUCUUGAAGAAUUGACUCAUAACAUGUGCCACUUAUUCGGGCGAGCUACAAAGGCUGUAAGUCUAUGUCCGCCUGCAUAUUACGCAGACUUACUGUGCACUCGCAUGAGAGCAUAUCUUGCAGACCAGUAUGAUCCUCCAACUGGCCAGACUACACCAGAACCUGGACUUCAGACAACACCGUCUAUCAAUGCAAUAGGUCAAGGCAGAAUUGAUAUUCAUCAAGAUAUUACAGACUCGAUGUUUUGGAUCUAAACAUUUUGAUGUGUUACUGGGCAGAUCACUUACCUGUUUCAUGGACGAUCUGGUCGUAUCCUUGGAUUUCUAGAUAACUCUCUAUUCCGAGAGCCUCGGUGUGUAGGCAAGCAGAUGCCAAUUUUCAACAUCUUCAUUUGUCCAGGCAUUUUUCAACCAUGCCGAUUGUUCGUUGGGAGCGAAAGACACGUUUCUUUUUCCGUUUACUAUUCACUCAUUUGAUAACUACAGCAAUUCCUACAUUUCUGUAGAUCGCAGCAACUUUUUCGGUUUGCGUUUCCAAUUUUGGUGCGCAAUAACUUCAGCUUUAAAAACAAAUAGUAUUGAAAUACGAAUACAGACCUUUUUCAUACUGCAAAUCAGUCUAUCGUGACA